AUGCCUUCUUUCAAUACCUCCAUGAUCCCAGUAAUUCUUUCCUUGCUUAGCUUCCUUAGCCUCACCAGUGCACAAGUCCCACAUUACCGCUACCAUUUCUGCUCAAAUGAAAGCACUUUCACCCCCAACAGCACCUACCAGUUUAACCUGAACUACCUGCUCUCUUCCCUUUCCUCCAAUGCCACGCGUGAAAGUGGUUUCUACAACGCCAUUGCCGGCCAAAGCCCCGCAACCACAAUUUACGGCCUCUUCCUCUGCCGUGGUGACCUCACCACCAAUGCCUGCCAAGACUGUGUGGCAACUGCAACCAGAGAGAUUGUUCAGCCGUACUGUCCCGUAGGAAAAGUGGCCGUGAUAUGGUAUGACGAAUGCAUGCUACGCUACUCAAACCGGUCAUUCUUUUCCACCAUGGAGGAAGAGCCCAGCUAUUUACUGUGGAAUUUGAGGAAUAUAACAGAGCAAGACCGCUUCAAUAAGCUGGUGGAAGCCACGUUGAAUGACUCGGUGCCCCAGGCCGCAAAUGAUCCAUCUGGUGUUAAAAAGUUUGCUACCAAAGAAGUCAGUUUUACAGAAUCCAAUACACUAUACAGCCUUGUCCAGUGCACCCCUGACAUAUCCAGCUCUGAUUGCAAUAUGUGUCUUCGAGGAGCCAUGACAAACCUACCGAAGUGUUGUGAUGUAAAGCAAGUGAGUAGAGGGGGUAGAGUUCUGUAUCCAAGUUGUAAUCUUCGGUACGAAACUUACCCGUUUUACCAGAUACAAUCCGAAUCCGCCCCCACACCGUCACUGACACCAACACCAAUGCUUCUUCCUCCAGCACCAGGUUGGGUCACGAGACAAAAAGGAAAAAGUUCUUCAAUAAAAACUAUCACCAUCGUUGCCUCAAUUGCUGUCUCUCUUGUGCUAUGCACUAUGAUCUACUACUUGCUAAGACGAAGAGCAAGAAAGAAGUACAAUGCUCUACCGGCUGAAAAUGCCAGCACAAUUACAACCAUAGAAUCCUUGAAAUUUGAUUUGGCUACAAUAGAAGCUGCCACACACAAAUUCUCAGAUGACAACAAGCUGGGUGGAGGUGGAUUUGGUGAGGUUUACCAGGGUAUGUUACCCAACGGACAAAAAAUAGCUGUGAAGAGGCUCAGGCUCUCAAUGAAUUCAAAACAAAUUCCAGACUCGAUGGAAUUUAAGAAUGAGGUUAUUUUGGCAGCCAAACUUCAACAUCGAAACCUCGUGAGAUUAUUGGGAUUUUGCUUGGAAGCAGAGGAAAAGAUACUCGUCUAUGAAUUUGUGCCCAACAAAAGCCUUGAUUAUUUUCUAUUUGACUCUGAAAAGCAACGACUAUUAGAUUGGUCAAAACGACACAAGAUUAUUGAAGGAAUUGCUCGAGGAAUCCUUUAUCUCCAUGAAGAUUCACAGCUUAGAGUUAUACAUCGUGAUCUAAAAGCUAGCAACAUACUUUUAGACGAGAACAUGAAUCCAAAAAUUUCAGAUUUUGGCGUGGCAAAGAUUUUUGGAGUUGAUCAAACCGAAGGAAAUACUAGUACAAUUGUUGGGACGUAUGGUUACAUUUCUCCAGAAUAUGCAUUACAUGGCCAAUUCUCUGUGAAGUCCGAUGUAUACAGUUUUGGUGUCCUAAUACUAGAGAUUUUAAGUGGCAACAACAUCUCUUCUUUCUAUCAAUCAGACACUGCUACAGACCUGUUGACCCAUGCUUGGAAACAUUGGAGCAGUGGAACAUCCUUGAAGUUCUUGGAUCCAAGUUUGAGAGAUUCUUACUUAACAAAUGAAGUCAUCCGCUGUAUCCAUAUUGGCUUGCUAUGUGUUCAGGAAAAUCCAGCCGACAGACCCACAAUGGCAUCAAUAAAUCUCAUGCUCAACAGUGAGACUAUUACUUUGUCAUCACCUCAAAAGCCAGCGUUUUUCCGUCACGGAGGAACAGAGCCAAACAUGCCAUAAAGGAGCAGGAGUCAGCUCAAGCUACAAGCAAUUAGUCAAUGCCAUUGUUUGCCAAUGAAGCAUCGAAAAUGUCAGUAGCCAGGGAUUCUUAAAAAUUAGGUAUCCCUUUUAUUUGUCAUGAAA